AUGGCAACUGCAGAAGCCAUACAUACAAGAGCAGACGGUCCUGUAUUACAAACCACCCAGCAAGACUUUUUGCAAGAAGCAAAAUCUCUUAUUGCCCAACAUUACAAACGAAUAAAUGAGAAUAAGUCUCAAGGUACUUCUAUAAACGUUUUUAAAAAUAAACACCAAAAACCAAAAACUGGCAAGUUUAUCCCUUUUGAGAUUAAGAAAAGUGAAAUCCUCAAUGUCGUUAAAGAACAUCGGAUGGUACUCAGAAGCAUUAGCUAUCCCAAGGACGCUUCCAAAUGUGCACCUUUAAGUGAGGACUUGCAGCAAAUUUCCUUCACGGAGCCACAGGUUUUGAAUAUAAAAGAGAAGUACCAGCCUGUAGAUCUUUUCAAGAUUGAAAAUGUUAAACUGGGUAAAAUAAUGACCGAUAUUGAAUCUGUGAGUAAGAAAAUGGAGAAAGAAAAGCAACUGAGCCUCAGAAAAUCCAGAAUGUUGGAACCCUUCCAUUCCCAUCUUGGCUUGCCUUUGCUGAAUCUGACCUCUUCUGUGGGACUUCUGAGAGAACCUGCAGACAGGAUGUUUUAUGACUGGAGAAGCAUUGCAUCCAUGAGGUCCUCCCAUUUGCCUCACGAGUCUGUUCAGAGCCUAUCCAGAUCAUCUGGGAUAUUUAAGGAUUAUUAUAUGAAACCUUAUAAGAAGAAAGAACUACAACCAAUCAAGUCAGAACAGAAGCGAGAAAAAAGGUUAAAGACUGUUAUGAAGUCAGACAAAAUAGACAGUAAAGUUAAAAGAAUUGGGCCACACAUAGAAAUUUACCAAUUGUUCCAGAAAAGAAACAAACUUGUGUUUACUAAAAGAAUUAUUAAACUGAUCACCGUCACACAAGCAUUUAUCAGGGGAUGGCUUGAACGUAAAAGACUUCAAAGAAUAAGGACUAAGUCUUCAUAUCAUGGACCAAGUUUGAAAGUAGUUAUCACCAUGUAUCAGUGCUUAAUCCACCGUAUUAGACAUCGCCUUGGUCUUUGGAGGACAAGACAGAUUAUAAACUUUGGAGAGCUAGAGGAAUGGAUGGACAGGAAAAAAUUUUAUGAAACCAUGUUUGCCAAGAGAGAAGACUGGCAAGGGUUAGAGAGAAGCGAGCUGCUGAAGUACUUCAAUGACUGUGGUCAUUUCCCUACGCAGAACCAGAUUGAUGAGUACUGGGACCUGUUCCACAGACAUAGCCAAGGAAGAUACUCUGAAGUAAUCAAAAAGUCCAAUGCAAUAGAACUGUUAUUUACACUCUACCCUCCUCAGGGAGCCAAAGUGAACAUUAGUACAAGACUCCGGUCCACGUGGCUGAGGCCUAUGGUGGAUGGAGAAGAAGGCUAUAAGUACAUAGUGAGUGGACAUCCAAUACUGAAGAGAGCUAACAUCCGGACUGUUGGCAAGUUGGUGGCUAGAUCCAUAAGAGAAAGGAAAAUGAGACAAUUUUAUAAAUCCUGAGAAGUGAAACAAGUUUGCAGUGCAGCACUCCAUUAAAUAGGUGAACCGAUCUCCUCAGAAAUGUGUUAGUGAUGACCACAGAACGAUUUGGUAUCAACAGGACAAAAGACUAACAUCUUUGUGACAAGUUAGUUCAUCACGUGUAAGUGUGUUUGGAUGAGCCCUCUUUGUCUUCUUCAUUAAACAUCAUGAUGAAGUGAA